AUGACAGAUCACCCACUUAAGAAAGCUAUGAACAAGUUGGAAGCCGCAGGACGUCUGAUCCAAUGGGCGGUCGAACUUAGCGAGUUUGAUAUCCGAUACCAACCAAGACAUGCUAUUAAGGCUCAAGCCCUGGCAGACUUUAUUGCGGAGUUCACCCCGAGAUGCAACGAUGAAGUGCAGGAGGAUAAAAAUUGGGUGGUCCAUGUAGAUGGCUCGUCCACACAGCGUGCACGAGGAAUAGGGGUGGUUUUACAAUCCCCUGAAGGAGACAAGUUGAAGCAUAGAGUCCGUCUACAAUAUCGACCAACUAACAAUGAGGUGGAGUAUGAAGCUCUGCUUAAAAGGCUAGAAUUGGCUAAGUCUGUAGAAGCGGAGUCGGUUCUCGUCCUGGGAGACUCUUCGCUGGUAAUGGGCCAAAUAAAUGGGACAUAUGAGGCGAAAGAAGAACGAAUGAAAAAGUACUUGGAGAGGGUAUUACAGCUUGUGGAAAAAUUCAAGAAAGCUAACUUCAUUCAAAUCCCGAGGGAAGAGAAUGCAGAAGUAGACACCUUAGCGAAGGAAGCCUCAGCAACCGGAACAACCGAAGAGUAUGAUGAAAUUCAGUACGUCCCGAGUGUAGAUCUCCCGGAAGUACAGCAAAUAGGGAAUGAAGAAAAUUGGAUGACCCCAAUCGUCUCGUAUUUGAAGGACGGGAGACUUCUGGAAGCAAGGGACGAAGCUAAAAAACUCAGGAUAAAAGUAGCAAGGUACGUCCUUAUGGACGAAGUUCUCUAUAAGAGGGGCUUUUCUCAACCUUAUCUUAGGUGUCUGGCCCCAGAAGAGGCGAACUAUGUGCUGAGGGAAGUUCAUGAAGGAGCCUGUGGAAACCAUUCAGGAGCCAGGUCGCUUAUCCAAAAAGUCGUCCGUGCAGGGUACUAUUGGCCAACUGUUCAAGUGGAUGCAAAAGCUUAUGUCAAGGCAUGCGACAAGUGCCAACGAUUCAGUAAUGUCCCCAGACAACCAUCAGAGUAUCUCACCCCAAUGAUGGCCCCGUGGCCCUUUGCUCAAUGGGGCCUAGAUAUCCUGGGUCCAUUUCCACUUGGAACUAGACAGAUGAAAUUCUUGGUGGUAGGGAUUGACUAUUUCACUAAGUGGGUGGAAGCAGAACCAUUGGCACACAUUACACAGCAGAAUGUAAAGAACUUCGUCUGGAAGAAUAUAGUGUGCAGGACGACAGUGAGGACCCCUAUAGGGGAGACCCCUUUUAAACUAGCCUAUGGAAGUGAAGCAGUUAUACCUGCGGAAGUGCACAAGGCUAACCAUAGGGUGAUGUCAUAUGAGGAGAAGGAUAACGAGGAGCAACUCCGCUUGAACCUCGAUCUUAUAGACGAAGUAAGGACAGAAGCAGAGCACAGGGCAGCGAAGUACAAGAACCUCAUGGCUAGGCAAUAUGAUGCAAGGGUGAAACCAAGACGUUUCAACAUAGGAGAUCUUGUCCUGAGGAAGAUUUCCAUGGCAUUCUCGUUCAAAGCUAACCUACAGGGUGGCUAA